AGCUAAGAAUUGUUGCAGUAAAGCUGUAAACAAUAUAAGUUCACAUUACCCUCUGUAUCAACCAUCUUUAUUUUAUUUUUAAUAAAAUACAGUUGAUAAUGUCAAAAAUAAUUGAAAUACCAGUGCAUGCACAAAAGUUGUUGACUAUAUUUAGGACGAUUAUACCUAAACUUAGUAACGAAAAAUAUAAAGGUCAAUAUGGUCGAAUUGGUGUCAUUGGUGGCUCUUUGGAAUAUACGGGAGCACCCUACUUUGCAGCAAUUACUGCUAUGAAAGUGGGAGCGGACUUAUCACACGUUUUCUGUCAUACUAAAGCAGCUGCAGUUAUUAAAGCGUAUAGCCCCGACUUAAUUGUGCAUCCAGUCCUGGACCAAGAAGAUGCUGUUGAAAAAAUUAAGUUGUGGAUGGAUCGAUUGCAUGUUAUAGUAAUUGGACCCGGCUUAGGGCGGGAUUCUAGUAUUCUGAAAACCGCAGCAGAUGUAAUUAAGCUUUGCCUGGAGAUGGGAAAACCAGUUGUCAUAGACGCAGAUGGGCUGUUCAUACUAAACGAUAAUAUCGAGCUAGUAUGUGGACAACGUGAUGUUAUAUUGACUCCAAAUGCAAUUGAAUUUGAAAGAUUAUUUGGAAAAGAAACCACUACAGCUCGCGAAAAGAUGUCACUACUUGGCGAUGGGGUAAUUGUGCUUGAAAAAGGCGCACAUGAUAAGAUUCACAUUCCCCACACUAAUGAAGUGUACACGAUGCCAAUCGGUGGGUCAGGACGUCGUUGUGGUGGGCAGGGAGACUUACUUAGUGGAUCUCUGGCAACGUUUUUUUAUUGGUCCUUGCAAUCCAACCAACCCAAUCCGGCUUAUUUGGCUGCUUGUGCCUCAAGUUAUUUCGUUAAGAAAAUAAAUUAUGCAGCAUUUCAGAAACUAGGCCGUAGCUUGGUUGCCAGUGACAUGAUUAAUGAGAUAUCGUCCGUUUUCAAAACUGAGUUUGAAAAUUCGAGCUCUGAAUAGUAUAUAUAAUAAUAACAGUUGAUGGGUUCUGGCUUAAAUACCCCUUAGUAUAUAAUAGCUGGUUCCAGAGAAAAGAUAAUGCUGACAUUUUGUUACUAUAUUUAUAUAUUAAAUAGCCACAAUUGCCAGUGACUGAUAUUAAUGUUGAUAGAAUUAUAACCACAAAGUUUAAGAGAGAUUAAUAAA